ACUUGGCCAGCAGGGCCUGGCAUUACACUCCCUCCCGCCGAAAGACCAUGAGUUGUGUGGUCAUCCUCGCCUGUCUGGCUGCCGCCGCCGUCGCCGCCCCUCAGGGAAAUGAACGCCAAGUCGAGCUAAUCAAGUACGAGCACAACUACUCCAGCCGUGGUAACUUCAAUUACGCCAUCGAGGCCGACAACGGCAUCAGUGUGUCUGUCUCCGGCUCCCCGGGCACCGCCGGCCAGGUCAACAAGCGGGGCUUCUAUACGUACAUCCUCGAAGACGGGACUCCGUAUCAGGUUCACUUCAUCGCCGACGAAAAUGGCUUCCGGCUAGAGUCCGACCUCACCAACAGGCUGAAAUCUCGGUCACUUAUUGAGACCCCAGCCGGGGCCCGACGCUCUCCAACACCUUUACUUCCUUCCAUAACCAACACGCUCACAGCCGACUCCCAAGACGUUCCGAAACCCGUGCUGGAAGACAAUGAACCAGAACCCGUGCUGGAGGUCGAUGUACCAGAACCCGUGCUGAAAGUCGAUGUACCAGAACCCGUGCUGGAAGUCGAUGUACCAGAACCCGUACUGGAAGACAAUGUACCAAACCCCGUGGUAAAGGUCGAUGUACCAGAACCCGUGCUGGAAGUCGAUGUACCAGAACCCGUACUGGAAGACAAUGUACCAAAACCCGUGGUAAAGGCCGAUGUACCAGAACCCGUGCUGGAAGUCGAUGUACCAGAACCCGUGCUGGAAGUCGAUGUACCAGAACUCGUGCUGGAAGUCGAUGUACCAGAACCCGUGCUGGAAGACGAGGGCAUUUUACCCAGUCUGCUGUAACCCAGUUCGAACUCAUAAACAAUAGCCAAAUGCGCAUUAAUCCAGCAACCAUUCCCUUGUUUGGGUAGACGGGGCUAAGAUCGUCGUCGCCUCUCAACAGCAACAACAACAACAACCCAAUGUUUAUGAAUGAAAGCACUUUACACCUGAUACACAGCUGAUUACAUUUGAACUUCCUUGAACAGAGCUUCGUUAACUUCCUUCAUUCGAACCUUGCCUCUUUAAAUGUUUCACGUAUGUACUGUAUUUGCAAAUACUUAUUAACAGCAUAAAAAAAUGUAACCCAGACAUAACUACGCACAAAAUUCUAAUAUAUAAUAAUAUUUACUUAUA